AUGUUCUUCACCCUCAUCACUCUCAAUGCCGUCGGGAUCGUCUUCACAUUGGCCCAUAAGUGGGAUUUCGCACGGAACAACAGCCCUACCAUCACUUUAUGCUUCAUUACCGCCGCAAUUCUCGUACGUAAUGAGCUUACAAUUCGGUGCCUGUAUAUGGCCUUUCUCUUUUGCUUCCAGCGUUGGACGCCACUUGCAUUCCGGAACGCCAUCUCUACCUUUCUGCUGCACGUCGGGGGUCUCCAUUCCGGUCUUACCGUUUCGGGGACGAUGUGGCUUUUCGCAUCAACUAUCGAGCUUUUCAGAAGCGUGAUGUGGACUCUACCGCGAGCGAAUGCUGAUCCUUGGCUCUGCGUGCUGGGCGUUGUAGUAUGUAUGAUUGUCCUUAGUGUCUGUAUUGCUGCCCACCCUGCCAUACGGGAGAGGCACCACAAUUUCUUCGAGCGAGUUCAUCGUUUCGCAGGAUGGUCUGCCCUGGUGCUUCUCUGGGUAUUCAUUGGGAUUGCGGACUCCUGGGAUAGGGAGCUACACGACUUCCAAGCUAGCCGUCUGAAGAAUAAGCCUGACAUCUACAUCGUCAUCGUGCUCACCAUGAUCAUAUUUCUUCCUUGGACUACCUUACGUAGGGUGCCCGUCCAAGCAGAAGUCCUGUCGAAGUCUGUCAUUCUUCUGCGAUUCCAAGGUUAUAUUGGACGUGGGUUGUUUGGCCGUAUCUCGCGGAACCCUUUCACAGAGAACCAUGCCUUUGGCAUUACGAGCAAGGCACCAGAGUACCAGCCAGAGAAGGGCGAGCACUAUAUGUGCGUCGUUGGGCAGGGUGACUUUACUAGAGGACUAAUAGCUGAUCCUCCCACGCAUCUGUGGACCCGCACGAUGAAGUUCACUGGUCUCCCGAUCAUGACGUCGUUUUAUCGAAGUGGACUGUACGUUGUAACAGGGUCAGCAAUCGGUGUCGCGCUGCCUGUAUUUAUGCAGCGUCAUCCUAAGAGUCGAUGGCAUCUUUUAUGGAUAGCAGGCACAACUGUGCUACCAGACUUACGUCAGGCGUUCGAGAAGGGCGAUGACGGCUGUACCUUUGGAAAUUCCGUAACCAUCUGGGAUACCCGAAAGCAAGGUCGUCCCGACGUACUGAACUUGAUCGAGACAACAGUUCGACCAAACAACCUCGAGGUUGUGUUUGUGACAAGCAAUCCGAAAGGUACCGCGGAAAUCAUUCGCGGUUGUUCAGACAAGGGGAUUCCAUGCCAUGGUCCUAUCUGGGACUCUUAG